GAGGCCCGCGGCGUUCCGCGGGCCAGUCUUCGGUUGUCAGAGCAGUCGCCGCUGGAGUGGGGCGCGGUUUCGUUGCUGGGUCUUGGCUGGCUGGGGCCCGCAUAAGGAUGAGAGCUCAGAAGACCCAGGGUCGCUGGAGGCUCAGGUAACGAAGCUGGAGUGCGGUGGGGCCGCGGCGGGGCUUUUUCGGGGACUCGUAUUGAAUGGAGAGGACUGAGGCGACACUGAGCUCCGGCCCCUAGCGGCGGGGCCGCUGCUCGAGCUGCAGCUGCCAGGCGAGGAUGUGUGGCGCCCAGGCGGCCCGGGGAAGCUGAGAGCCUUCGGGCCCCAGGACCCCUGGGGCCCGGGAUGAGUUAGCGAGGGCAGCGGCGGGGGCCAGUUCCGACUGCUACAGGCCAACGCGACGAUCGCCUCCUGCCCGCCCCUUCCGUGCAGAAGCCGCUAGGUCCAUUCCGCGCCGCCUGUCCGCUCUCCUGGCCCUGGAGACCAUGAGGUUCCGCGUCUACAAGCGGAAGGUGCUGAUCCUGACGCUCGUGGUGGCCGCCUGUGGCUUCGUCCUCUGGAGCAGCAAUGGGCGACAAAGAAAGAGCGAGGCCCUCGCCCCGCCGCUGCUGGACACCGAGCCCGCUCGGGGUGCGGGUGGCCGAGGCGGGGACCAUCCCGCCGUGUCCAUGGGCAUCCGCCGGGUCUCCAACGAGUCGGCGGCCCCGCUGGUCGCAGCGGCCCCGCAGCCCGAGGCAGACAACCUGACGCUGAGGUACCGGUCCCUGGUAUACCAGCUUAACUUUGACCAGACGCUGAGGAAUGUUGAUAAGGCUGGCUCUUGGGCCCCCCGAGAGUUAGUGCUGGUGGUCCAGGUGCAUAACCGGCCCGAUUACCUCAAACUGCUGGUGGACUCGCUUCGAAAAGCCCAGGGCAUUGACAACGUCCUCGUCAUCUUUAGCCAUGACUUCUGGUCGACAGAGAUCAAUCAGCUGAUCGCGGGAGUGGAUUUCUGCCCUGUUCUGCAGGUGUUCUUUCCUUUCAGCAUUCAGUUGUACCCCAACGAGUUUCCGGGCAGUGACCCCAGAGAUUGCCCCAGAGAUUUGGAGAAGAAUGCAGCUUUGAAGAUGGGAUGCAUUAAUGCUGAGUAUCCUGACUCCUUUGGCCAUUAUAGGGAGGCCAAGUUCUCCCAAACCAAACACCACUGGUGGUGGAAGCUGCAUUUUGUAUGGGAAAGGGUCAAAGUUCUUCGAGACUAUGCUGGCCUCAUACUUUUCCUAGAGGAGGAUCACUACUUAGCCCCAGACUUUUACCAUGUUUUCAAAAAGAUGUGGAAAUUAAAGCAGGAAGAGUGUCCCGAGUGUGAUGUUCUCUCCCUGGGAACCUAUACUGCCAGUAGAAGUUUCUCUGGAAUUGCUGACAAGGUAGAUGUGAAAACUUGGAAAUCCACAGAGCACAAUAUGGGUCUAGCUUUGACCCGGGAUGCAUAUCAGAAGCUGAUCGACUGCACAGAUGCUUUCUGUACUUAUGAUGAUUAUAACUGGGACUGGACUCUUCAGUAUUUGACUGUAUCUUGUCUUCCAAAAUUCUGGAAAGUGCUGGUUCCUCAGGUACCUAGGAUUUUUCAUGCUGGAGACUGUGGUAUGCACCACAAGAAAACCUGUAAACCAUCCAUCCAGAGUGCCCAAAUUGAGUCACUCUUAAAUAGUAACAAACAGUACAUGUUUCCAGAAACUCUAACUAUCAGUGAGAAGUUUAUGGCAGUCCUUUCCCCACCUAGGAAAAAUGGAGGGUGGGGAGAUAUUAGAGACCAUGAACUCUGUAAAAGUUAUAGAAGACUGCAGUGAAAAAUUACAAUUACAAAAGUAAAAGUGACAGUCUUCUAUUUUGAUAUUUGUCCCAACAGGACAGACAAUUGAAUAAAAGAGUUUAGGGACUGGUUUCUGCUUUAAUACAAAAAAAAUUGUAAAAGGUGUCCAAAUAUAGUAAUCUUUUCCUUUUAUGUCUGAUUAAGAUUUAAAACACAAGUUUUCAUUUUGGGAGUUGGGUUUUAAAUUUCAGACUGUAUCUGCUAAAGGUAAUCAUUACUGUGAGAGAAGAGGGGAAAUUUUAUUUAAAUUGCAUCUAUUAAUCUUUUUACCUGGAACUUUGUACACUUUUCCACUUUCAAAACUUAUUUUAAGUACAGCAAAAUUUAUUUAAAAUUGUCAUAGCAGUAAGAAGUAUUACAAUGAAAUUGUUAAGUAUUACUAGAACAAGCCCAGUUUCACUCUCCACACAGUUAUUAGGAAGAGAUUGCUUCACUGGUUUUAUAAUUCAAAAGUUAUGUUGUUAAACACCCUGUCAAAACAGUCAAUUUCAGUAUUACAGAUUCCUGUAUUAUUGUGUUAAGAUUUGCCUGUGCUUUGGAACCUUCAUAGAACACAUUUUCUUUCGGAAUGUAUUUGAUUAGUAAGAAAAUUUUAACACUGAUUUCACCUCAAUGUAGAAAAACAGUGGUUUUGUUUCCUUUUUUCUUUUAGUGCUGCCAAAAUAAAAUACUCAUUUUUGCAUAAAAAA